AUGCCUUUGCUAGUGACGUCUCAUCCCGUGGAGUCCCUUGGGCCAGUGCUAGAGCCACGCCUCAGGGCCAGUCCCCACAUCGUGUGUGCCAGCGUGGUACAUCCUGGCGUAUCGUCGUUGGCCCUGCACAAAUCGUCCCAUGCCACUGGAGUCGUUGAUUCUGACCACAUCCUCCAGUUGGUUUCUCUGCGUCAGGAAUCGCUCUACUUCAAAGCCUUCACCAGCGACGUCGACGGCGACUCGCUAGAGCUCAAGAACGCGGUGCUCACCUUCUUCUUGACUGCAGACUCCUUCCAUCGCUGCCCCAAACUAGGCCUGUCGCAAGUGCUACCACACACAAAGGUAGGACACGGAGCUAAAAACUCAGCGUCGCAUACCCACAGGAUUGACAUCGAGGUGCCCAAUGGCACACUCCCUCCAGCAGCUGUCUACGCGGUCAAAACCGUGUUCUCCCGUUGCAAUAUCCAAGUUGUGGCGUACGACUUCGCGUUGAGUGGCAUCCAGGAACUCCAACCAAUUGCUCUGGUGCUCAAACACACGUCUAUCAAUGGUUCCAGCAACACUUCGGCCCUUACAUUGGAGCCCGUUGUGUCUCUGCAAGCAUCAGACGAGCUCGCCGAGUUGUACGAAUAUUUGUGCCUAAUCACCAUCAACAGCUCCCUGUUAGUCCACGGCAGCUUGGACUCGUAUAUCAGCACAUAUGAGGCCCCUGUCGGCCCUUCCGAAAACUCAUCAUACCUCUCCUUGAGCUCCGUCCAAAACAUCCAUUCUGCUCUGGUGCGAGACAUCAUUGCUUCGAAUUGGGUCGUAUUGUCCAUUGCCACCGAAAACGGACAUACAAUCCUUUACAGAACACCAAAAGACAACGUCAUAGUGUGGGCGACAACUUAG